AGUUCCCUGGGAGGGGCGGUGGGCAUCUGGGUGGGGAGCCUAGGCACAGAGCACCUGCCUGGAUGGUGACAGGGCAUGCAUGCAUGAGACCGGGGCGCGACGAUGUCGGUUCCUCUCCUUAAGAUCGGGGCCGUGCUGAGCACCAUGGCCAUGGUCACCAACUGGAUGUCGCAGACGCUGCCCUCGCUUGUGGGGCUCAACAGCACCGUGUCCCGCGCGGGCUCCUCGGAGAAAAUCACUCUGUUCCAGAGCCCGGAAGAGGGCUGGCAGCUGUACACCUCGGCCCAGGCACCUGAUGGAAAAUGCAUCUGCACAGCUGUGAUCCCCGCUCAGAGCACCUGUGCCCGUGAUGGCCGGAGCCGGGAGCUGCGGCAGCUCAUGGAGAAGGUACAGAAUGUCUCCCAGUCCAUGGAGGUCCUUGAGUUACGGACCUUUCGGGAUCUCCAGUAUGUGCGCAGCAUGGAGACCCUCAUGCGGAGCCUGGAUGCAAGGCUGCGGGCUGCUGAUGGGUCUGUCUCAGCCAAAAGCUUCCAGGAACUUAAGGACAGGAUGACGGAGCUGCUGCCUCUGAGCUCGGUACUGGAACAGUACAAGGCUGAUACACGGACCAUUGUGCGUCUGAGGGAGGAGGUGAGGAACCUGUCCAGCAGCCUAGCAGCCAUCCAGGAGGAGAUGGGAGCCUAUGGGUAUGAGGACCUGCAGCAGCGCGUGAUGGCCCUGGAGGCCAGGCUCCAUGCCUGUGCCCAGAAGCUGGGUUGCGGGAAACUAACAGGUGUCAGUAACCCCAUCACCAUUCGGGCCAUGGGAUCCCGCUUCGGCUCCUGGAUGACUGACACAAUGGCCCCCAGUGCGGAUAGUCGGGUUUGGUACAUGGAUGGCUAUUACAAGGGCCGCAGAGUCCUGGAGUUCCGAACUCUAGGAGACUUCAUCAAAGGCCAGAACUUUAUCCAGCAUCUGCUGCCCCAGCCAUGGGCAGGCACGGGCCAUGUGGUGUACAACGGGUCCCUGUUCUACAACAAGUACCAGAGUAACGUGGUGGUCAAGUACCACUUUCGAUCACGCUCUGUGCUGGUGCAAAGGAGCCUGCCUGGGGCUGGCUACAACAACACUUUCCCCUACUCCUGGGGUGGCUUUUCGGACAUGGACUUCAUGGUGGACGAGAGCGGGCUCUGGGCCGUGUAUACCACCAACCAGAACGCGGGCAACAUUGUGGUCAGCCGGCUGGACCCGCACACCCUGGAGGUUGUGAGGUCCUGGGACACCGGCUACCCUAAGCGGAGCGCUGGGGAGGCCUUCAUGAUCUGUGGCGUGCUCUACGUGACCAAUUCCCACCUGGCUGGGGCCAAGGUCUACUUUGCCUACUUCACCAACACAUCCAGUUAUGAGUACACAGAUGUGCCCUUCCACAACCAGUACUCCCACAUCUCCAUGCUGGAUUACAACCCCCGGGAGCGGGCCCUGUACACCUGGAACAAUGGCCACCAGGUGCUCUACAAUGUCACACUCUUCCAUGUCAUCAGCACUGCGGGGGACCCCUAGCCCAAAAUGGGGAUCCCUCCCACGCUGCCUGUGUCUCCUUGUGUUUGUCAUGCCUCUACUUCCUGCUCUCUCCUCUUUACUUCCUGCUCAGCUUUUUCUUGGCCCCUGUAUUUCUGUCAAUGUAUUCUCUAAAAUUUUGUCUCUUCCUCAUUGUUCUCUGCCUUUGAGUGGUUCUUGGUCUUUCUUUUUAUUGAUGCUUCUUUUUACUGAUCUCACCUUCCAGUUUCUCUCUCUCCUUUCCUCCCUUUCUCUCUUCCCACCCACUACUCUGCCUUGUUCCCCACCUACCCUUGGAAUUGAGUGCAUGGAUCUUUUUUAUUUACACGUUUUAUUUCUGGGUUGCUGGAAUAAAUGGGACCUUUGACAUUUGA